GUGCGUUUGUACUGCUCGAUUGUUGUUCAUUAAUCUUUCCGUUUUCGGACUAAACAGAUCUCCAAAAACAAAAAUUUCUAAAUUAUUCAAAAAUUCAAAAUUUUAGUGUACAAAAACUAAAAAUGGAAUACGGAAACGGUUAUAUGCAGUACCAGUCUAUGGAGGGUUAUGGCAUGUCAUCACCUGCGGAGGGCUACAACCAAAUGGGUGUUACUCAAAUGGGUGGUGGACAACCCCGAUAUUAUGCCGACCAAAGCGGCUAUGGUAAUGGUCUUCAGCCUCAAGACGAGUCUAGGAAUUGUCAGAAUGGUUCGGCAGCAUUUGGUGGACCCGGCUAUCGCAGUCCUUUGAGAUACAGCAAAGCAUUGAAAGAGAUGAACUCGCGGAACGGUCUAUAUUCACCUAUGGAUCAGCAGCGUGUGAGCGGUGGUCGGGGUGACUAUUAUACCUUGCCGGGUCUCGGCGGAAAUGAAGGCCAGAUGUCCUACCAAUCUCAUAGCUCUGGAAAUUCGUAUUACUGAGUCUUUUCUUGUAUUUUCACAAUUAACACAAAUUUUUGGAAUGUUUGGGAUGAUGUACCUAAUAAAUGCUUUAAGUAUUAAAA